AUUCAAACAUCUCCGGCCAUCAACAAAAACAACAAACAUUAUAUGCUCAGAAUAUUUAAAUACAUACAUAUACACGACACAGCAUUCUAUUUGAUGAGAGAUCCAACGACGACGACCGGUUUAGACGACGGUUUGCCAAGAUCAGAAAACGUUAUAUACGAAGAGGUGGUGCCUCUUUUCGAAUGGAAUCCAGAUUCAACAAGUCAUUAUUGGCUUCUUCUUCAUGUUCCAGGGUUCAGAAGGGAGGAUUUGAGAGUGGAAGUUCGGGCAAAUGGUCUCAUAAGGAUUGGUGGAGAAAGGAAGGCAGGUAGGAAUGCAGAUCGAUCAUGAAGCCCAUCCCGGAAGUCAACGAGAGUGAGGAGAUGUACAAAGUGGUGGACUUUCAUUAUGCAAUAUUAAAAUAAAUUACAUUUUCAGGCGAGCACCCAGAAAAUGUAACAUGAAUUUGAAUGAGUCAGACUUCGACUCAUGGCCAGGAGAAUCCUCACGUGGAGCGUGAGCAUGAUACUGCGUAUGACUGGUGGAAACGUAUGCGUGCAAACAUUCCAGAGCUCGAACCUUGGGCUAUAUUUGAUCCACUCUUCAAAGCAGAGUAUGUACCACAAAACUAUGUGGAGGCAAAACAUGAAGAAUUCAUGAUGUCCACUCAGGAGAAACUCACUCUCCUGGAAUAUUGUCAACAAUUCGACGAGUUAGCCGAGUUCGCCAAGGACUUGAUUUAGACCAUAGAGAAGUGCUACAAGAUGUUCUUCAAGGAAAUGAGACCUGAUCUCUCUUCAGGACUUAUUGUGGUUUUC